UUCUGUUCGUUGGACGUGUUGACAGAAAUGUUGUAGAAUAUAAUUUAUAAAAUUGAUAAAAUCAACAAUGUCGGAAGAAAAAUUUGAAAGUGUACCAGACAUUUUAAAUAAUGGGGCGAGUGAAAUUAUUGAUGAGACGAAGAAACUUGAAGUAGAAGAAAAAGUUAAACCAAAAUUAAUUGCUGACGAAAACAGUGAGAAGGCAAAUGGUCGUGCUCUCACCGACACAGGAAACUGUUAUUGCGGCAAAGACCGAAAUCUGAAUAUUGCCGAAUUGCUUUGUGCAAGUUGUUCGAGAUGGUUCCACGAAUCUUGUAUAGGGUAUCAGUUGGGGAAACUAGUACCAUUUAUGAUGAAUUAUAUAUUUAUGUGCAAAAACUGUUCACCAACUGGUCUCGAGAGUUUCAAGAAAAACCAAGCACCUUUUCCACAAAUGUGCGUAACCGCCAUUGCGAAUUUACUGCAAAUUUGUCAAAAGGAUAACGACUACAGGACUUUCUUUCACAAAGAAAAGGAUAUCAUUCCCUUCAUCGAAUGCCAUUGGGAAAGUAUGACGACUAUGCCACGAAGAGUUACACAAUCGUGGCACGCAACCAUUCACAAAGCUCUGCUGAAGGACGUAGGAACUCUUUUCACAAUGGACGAGAAUAAUACCGAUGGCCAAUUAUUCGGACUCUCAACUCCAGAUCUUGUGUUAAUAAAACCUAAUUAUGAAGCUAUGAUAAAAGGUGGGCAACUCAAAAUAACUGAAAUGGGUUUAGAGUACGUAGAAGAAAACUACAUUUACAUCUUAGAAGAGAAAGAAGCAUAUAUAACAUACUUAUCAGAAAUUGUCUUAUCUUAUCAGAAUAUUUAUCUCUUAGUUAUCACCAACAAUUUUCAAAAUCUCAAACACAUGUUUAAGCCAGUACCGCUCAGUACUGGAAUUCGUGGCCGCAAUGCGAAGCGCAAACUUCCUGGAGAAGGAACUGGAACGGGACCAGGAAAAAAAGGAAGAGGGUCUGACAUGGCAGCCCCAAAACUUCCUGCGCAUGGUUAUCCUCUAGAGCAUCCUUUUAAUAAAGAUGGAUAUAGAUACAUUUUAGCUGAGCCGGAUCCUCAUGCUCCUUUCAGACAGGAAUUCGAUGAAAGCGCUGACUGGGCGGGAAAGCCAAUUCCAGGAUGGCUUUACAGAUCUUUAAGUCCAAGUGCAGUUUUGCUUGCAUUACAUGAUCGAGCGCCUCAGCUCAGAGUUUCAGAAGAUAGGCUCGCCGUCACGGGAGAAAAGGGAUAUUGCAUGAUUAGAGCUACACACUGUGUUAGUAGAGGAAAGUGGUACUGGGAGGCAACAAUCGAAGAAAUGCCAGAAGGAUCAGCAACAAGACUAGGAUGGGGCCAAGAGUAUGCGAAUUUACAAGCGCCUCUAGGUUACGACAAAUUUGGUUACUGUUGGAGAUCAAGAAAAGGUACGCGUUUUCACGAGAGUAGGGGCAAACACUACAGUCCGGGUUAUGGGGAAGGUGAUACACUGGGCUUUUUAAUAAUCUUACCCGAUGCUCAUGACAAGUCACACAUUCCGAAUACCUAUAAAGACAGACCUUUAGUGAAGUUCAAAAGUCACCUUUACUACGAGGAGAAAGACCAAGUACCUGAAGCUUUGAAAGCUCUGAAACCUCUUUCCGAUAGCAAGAUCAUUUUCUACAAAAAUGGAAUUUCUCAGGGCGAAGCAUUUUUGGAUGUUUACAGAGGAGCCUACUUCCCAACGAUUUCAAUUCACAAAAGUGCAACUGUUUCGGUGAAUUUUGGGCCAAAUUUUAAAUCUCCACCCACGGAUUUAUCCUUUAGAGGGAUGCAUGAAAAGGCAGAAGAGACCAUAGCCGAACAAUCACUCGCGGAUAUUCUUUACCUCACUGAAAACGAAGGAAGAUUGAGGCUCGACACAUAUACUUCUUGACAUUAAUGCACCUUUUUUGUUUGUAUUUUUAUCAAUAUUAUUUCAAUAAGUUCAUCAUCUAAUCAUUGUUUUCAUUGAAAUCUAAAAAGGAAAAAAAUUAAGAACCUUUAAGUCUGACAGUAAAGAGAAAAGUUAUCACUCUUGAAUGAACUUGAUUAAGUGAUCAUUUUUCCCUUACACACUUUCAUUCUUCAAUGAAACUUAGGCGCUCACUCGCUGACGUGUUACUUAAUUUUUCUUUAAUCAUUAAGCCUCAUCGUUUUCGACGGCUUUAAUUCAUCCUCGAAAUAGGAGAUUCAACAUUUUUUUACGUGCAGGAGAGGAAUCAAGGGCUUUGACCUUCGACCAAAUCUUAGGAAAAUAUAUCAAACUGCAAAUUUAUAAAUUGCAUCUUCGAUACGUGAAAUUUAUAAAGUAUUUAUAUGCUACUUGCUUUUUAAAGAUGUACUAUUUGAUCAAUAUGUCCCUGAAACAAAUGUAUGCUCAUAAUAACAUUCAGAUGAUGAUUCGGUGGGAUAUGUAGUAAAAGUUAACGUGGUUGGAUUGUACAACUUUCAUAUGGAAAUUAAAAAUAAAAAUUAAUUGAAAUCGA